AUGGCCUACUUGCAGGAUGAAUCCGAAUCCGACUUUUUCGACCGCAUACCCGACCCGAUUGUACUCCUCAUCUUCAACAACCUAUCUGAUAUCAAGUCCCUCAUUUGUUGUCGAUCCGUUUCCAAGCGGUUCAACUCGCUUGUCCCUCAGACGGACUCAGUCCUCCUCCGUGUGGACAGGGUAAUCUCCGCCUCUGACUCUGAGUUUGACUAUGGCGUUUCGUUUGUUUUCACACUCUUUAAGUCUUUGUUCAAGUCUCUUCAGGAUCUCAUUUCGCCAUACAAGGCAUCUUUGCCUGAACCGACCCGGUCUCAGAACUCACCCACUCAGAUCCUUCGAGGGUUCGACGGGAUAAGGAAUCUACGAGUCGAGUUGCCUUCUGGAGACCUGAGGCUGGAGAAGGGCACGACGAUUAAAUGGGUGGCGAGAUUUGGGAAGACCCUGAAGAGUUGUGUAAUUUUGGGGUUCAGAAAUAGUAAUACGGGUUUGGAAGGAAUGGUGGAUUUUGAUAAUAAUGGUGGCGCCGGAGCUGGAGGAGGACUGAAAAUGCGCGUUGUAUGGACUAUAAGCGCUUUGAUCGCGGCCUCUGCAAGGCAUUACAUGAUGCUAGACGUGAUUAGCGAGCAAAAUCAUCUUACAAAUCUCAUUGUAAACGACAGGGAGAAUGAGGGAACUGUAAUAGUCGACAAAGACGGGCUGAAAGAAUGCCGGAAUUCUUCUGUCGACGAAGCAGAGGAAGAAAUAAAUGAAAGCAGCAAUGGGACUGACAGCGGAUUGUGGUGGAGGACUGAUAGGACGACAGUACCUGCAGUAAGAAUGAGGAUGCGGCACGAGGCAAGAAUGGAACUUUCUGGAGGAAUGAUAAUGGAGGGUGCCACAUUGGUGGUGGUGCGGCCGGUGAGCGGUGGCGGGGAGCGGAAUGAGAUGGAGGAGCAGAGCGGCGACAUUGAAUUGGCCGCCGGAGCCUUCGCGAAAGAAGGAAUUUAUGCUGAGGCUGCAGAGAGAUUGCUCAAGAGCAGAAGUUAUAUUCUAGAAAUGAACUCGUUUUGA